AUGUCGAAAAACAAUUCCUCCACAAUCAGAUUUGUUCCUCCAAAGCCAUCGCAAUCUGAAGGAAACGAAAAUGAAUUCCCAAAUUCACACAAUCAAAUUCCCUUCUUUUCUUCCAGAGCACCACUCUAUUCAAUCCCAGAUCCAUCUCAAUACCAAUCUCGGACUCCUCAUCAACAAAGGAAUAAAUCUGAAUCAGCUGUAACGGGAAUUCCUAGAGUUUUGAAUGACGGUAAAGCUUCUUACUCAGAGCCCAAUUCAGCUCAGAGCACACCUUCUAGAAGCACAAGUCGGGUAUCUAACAUUGGGGCUGCGUCAGGAGCUUAUACUCUGACUAGGCCUCCGUAUCAAUAUGGCACCGGAGGAGGAAAAGGAGAAGGUUCUUCUAGUGUUCCUAGAGGAAUUACAUUUGUGAAUUCAGAGAUGAUAAUCGAUGCUCCACAUUUUGAGCUCAAUGGGGAUCCAGCAUUUUGGAAAGAUCACAAUGUGCAGGUUCUGCUACGAAUCAGACCGUUGAAUAAUAUAGAGAAGGUCUCCCAAGGGUAUGGGAGAUGCCUGAGGCAAGAGAGUGCCCAGACAGUAGUUUGGCUUGGCCAACCUGAAACCAGAUUCACCUUUGAUCACAUAGCUUGUGAAACUAUAUCACAGGGAGAACUUUUCAGAGUUGCUGGAUUGCCAAUGGUGGAAAAUUGCAUGUCUGGGUAUAAUAGUUGCAUAUUUGCAUAUGGACAGACUGGUAGUGGAAAGACAUAUACUAUGAUGGGUGAGAUAUAUCAGUUGGAUGGAGCGCUCACUGAAGACUCUGGGAUUACUCCACGCAUUUUUGAGUACUUGUUCGCUCGGAUUAGAGAGGAAGAGGAGAGCAGAAAGCAUGAAAGACUAGAAUAUAGCUGUAAAUGCUCUUUCUUAGAGAUAUACAAUGAGCAAAUAACUGAUCUCCUGGAGCCAUCAUCAAGUAAUUUACAGAUUAGAGAAGACUCGAAGAAGGGGGUAUAUGUUGAAAAUCUUACUGAAUAUAGAGUCAGAACAGUUGAUGAUGUGCUGACACUUUUGCUACAGGGUGCUGCAAAUAGGAAAAUGGCAGCAACUCAUAUGAACAGCAAGAGCAGUCGUUCCCACAGUGUCUUCACGUGCAUCAUUGAGAGCUGCUGGGAGAAAGAUUCUAUGACUCACUUUAGGUUUGGAAGGUUGAAUUUAGUAGAUCUGGCUGGUUCUGAGAGGCAGAAAAGCUCGGGGGCGGAAGGAGAUCGUCUGAAAGAAGCGGCAAAUAUAAACAAGUCCCUGUCAACUCUUGGACUGGUAAUAAUGUCUUUGGUGGAUUUAGCACAUGGGAAACAUAGACAUGUACCCUACAGGGAUUCUAGGCUAACGUUUCUCCUUCAGGAUUCUCUUGGUGGAAAUUCAAAAACUGCAAUCAUUGCAAAUGUUAGCCCUUCUAUUCGCUCUGUGAAUGAAACUCUGAGCACUUUGAAGUUUGCACAGCGUGCCAAGCUUAUUCAGAACAAUGCUAAAAUAAAUGAAGACGCUUCUGGUGAUGUAAUUGCAUUGCAGCAGCAAAUCAAGCAAUUAAAAGGCCAGCUUUCAUUUCUGAUGAAGCACCAGGGCACUUCAACACAUCUUUUAAGUGAUGCUUUUGUCUCGAUUGAAAAUGAGUCCUUUCGAAGUGAUUCAAUGGACGAGGCAACAUCUAACAGCAUCGGUGGUGAUUUACAUGACAGAAAUUAUAAGCAGACGGACAAUUUCGCGGACUUGCAGUAUAACAGCAUUCAGAGACAGCUGACAGAUGCACAAUCUUUGAUUGAAUCCAUGAAACUCGAGCAGUUUCACCUGAUUGAAGAGAUAGAGUUUUUGCGUGCUGAUAAUCAUCGUUUGACAGAAAUGCUGUACAAUAAGGAAAUGGCAGAGCAAGAAAACGACGACCAUAACGAGAAAAUCAGUGGUACAGAAAAUCAGGAGUCAACUCUGGUGAUGAAAAACAUCGAAGAUACAAACAUGAUGGAUCUGCAAGCUAAGAUGGAAAAAUUGUCUCGGGACCUUAAGGAGACACAGCUACUUAACAGCCAAUAUCUAGAGGAUCAUGCAUCUCGGUUUUCGCAAGAUCACGAAACUGAUCUAAUCCGCAGUGAAGUGGAGAUGGAAACAACUAGAACAAUUUUUCAAUUACAGGAAGAGGUUGAUAGACUUCAAUCAGAACUUCAUGUGCGUAUAUGCUCCAUGGACGAAGAGAAUUUAAAUCUUAGAAACUCUUUGGCUGCCAAGGAAGAUGAAAUAAGAUCACUCUGUGCAGAGUGGGAAAGGGCAACUUUGGAGCUAACCACCUUCCUAAUAGAUGGUUCUAAAUCCCUGGGAGAUGCAUCUCGCCAAAUAAAAAGUAUUUCCUGUUCAUUUCCGCAUGUUAAUAUUUGGGUUGAUGAGCAUGUUGAGAGGGCUGUGAAGAUUUGUAUUGAGAAGGAAGAAACAAUAUUGCUACUGCAAGAGAGUUUGGAAGAUGCCCAGAAGACUGUAAUGCAGAUGGAACAGCAAUUGAUCUCCUUGAAGGGUGCAACAAUUGCUUUGACUGAAUUUCAGCAGCUAGAGAAUAACAUAAGCAGCAAAGAGGAUGUACAGUUAACUACUCUUUUGAAUGAUUCAUUUGAUGAAAAAGAGUUUUCAGGGGAUAAAUUGAUCUCCAAGGACCGCCACAUUUUUGAAGCUGAAAAAUGCCCUAAUGCCGCUUUAGUGGUUGAAAAUAGGACUGCUAAUUAUUUCAUGAGUGGUCUUAAAGACAGUGUUCAUCAUGAUGUGCCAUUAGCUCAUACAAAAGGUUUGACAAUGGCAAAUGUUGAUGGUCAAAUUGAAUUGGCAAGGCUGGUUUUGUUAGAGAUUGAAGAUGCUGUUAAUGCAGCUCAUUCUGAUGCAGAAACAUAUUUACAUGAACUCAAAUUUGACAUUCAUAAAGCAUCUUCUCUUUAUAAGGAAUUGUUUAGCGGAAGUGUCAAGGAUGUUGCUGAGAUGAGGAGGAAUGUUGAGGAGUUUAACAGGAAUCUAGGAAGCGUUCAACUUUGUACAGCCGGAAUUCCAUUGAGUGCUUCAUGUGUGCAUGAAAAUCAGCUACAAACGCUACAUGAAAUCAGAGAUGAACUUGUUGAAACAAAUGACAGACUGAGUUCUAUUGCUGUGGGAUUUUACGAAGUUGUGAAUGUGCUCACUCGUCCAGGUUCAACUAAAGAUUUAGUGGAGACGGAUGGAUGGAUCAGUGAUUGUUCAACUUCAGACUGUAAUUCUUCAGAAUAUAAUGUUGAUCAAGAUAAUAUAUCCAAUAAAUCUUCAUCAAGAAACAGCUACGACUCACCUGGCAAACUAACUGAACAAAUUCUGUCACCAGAAUCAGAUGAAGGAUCAAAUUUCAAUCAUAAUACAACAGUUUUGCACUUUGGUAAGGAGUUAAGAAAAGCUUGCAACACUUUUGCCAAACUAAAGGAUCAGUUCACUGCAGUUCUGAACGAGGACACAAUCAAGAAUGUCCCUGCCACGAAUUCCUCUCUGCCUAAUAUGAAUGAAUUUGUGAAAUUCUGCAAGCAUCAUGUACUUGGACACAAUCAACCUGCUAUGCUGGAGACCAACCAUAGGGUUCAAUAUGAUAAGUUGUCAAUGCAGAAAGCUGAAUCAGGCAGGAACUAUAGUGAACGGUCGGCAGUUGAGGAGAAAUGUAGUCAUGUGCACGUCAAUACCUUCUUUGCCAAAUUCGAGGAGGCUCAUUCAACUGUAAAAGAAGCAGAUCAUGUGUUAAAAGCAAUGUUAAAAGCAAAUGAAAAUGCAAAUUCGCUGACGGCAAUCUGGAAACAAGCGGGAGAGGAACUCAUGGCAGAUAAAGCUAACUUGAGUGAAGAGAUCAAACAACUCAGAUUACAUAUUCAUUUAAGAGAUGGAGAGAAUGAAGUCUUGCAGGAUCAUAUCCAACAUAGCUCAAGAGAAAUAGGAAAUUUAAUGCAUUCGCUUGAAGGAUCUUUUCUACAAAUGCAAAGAAGUGUAGAAGAAUUGUUAAAUGCAGCAUAUGACGAUACCUUCCACUCAGUUCAAGAGACAUUAAACUUGACUUGUAACUUGAGAUCAUCACUGGAAGAUGUAAUGUGCCGGACAGUGGAAAACGAAAUUACUUCCAUUGUGCUACAGUGCCACAUGGGAGAAUUCUUUCACAACUUCAGAAGGCUGAACAUAACUUCUAAUUUUCAUCCCUCUCCGUUCCAAGAAGGUUGUUUAACGAUGAUUGACCUUGAAAGAGGUCAUGUGAGAUGCAAUAAUGACAGUAUAGUUUCUUCUGUGCAAUGUCAAGGAGAUCAGACUGCAAAGAUCAGCAAAAGAGAGGUUAAAGAGUUGGCCCUGGUACAAGAUGACACUAUAAAUGAAAAUUAUGAACUCAAGAGAGAGCUCGAAAGGAAAGAUGUUCUAUUGAAAGGAUUAUUUUUUGAUUUCAGCUUGCUGCAAGAAUCUUUGUGCAACAGAAAGGACAGUAAGGAUGAAAUUGAAGAGUUGGUUGUCACUUUGAACCGAGUUAAGGAUGAGCUACAGUUAAAAACUCUUCAACUUGAUGACAUGCUCAGUCAAAAUAUAAAACUUGAAGGCCGCUUGACUGAAGCUGAGCAAGCUCUGUGCAUCUCAAAGUCCGAAUUGGAAAAGGCAAGAGGAAUAUUAGAUUUCUUGUCAGCUCAAAAUACUGAGUUGCAAGUGCUCACAAAAGAUCUCUAUCUUAAAAAGUCAGAAGCAGAGGAGCUACUGGAAGAGCAAAGGGAAAUUGUCAAAAGUUUAGAAAAAGAAAGUAUUCACUUGCAUCAUUCUUCCGAGAAACAAUUAAUUUCUUCCAUGAAAGAUAGUGAGGAUGAUUUAAGAAGGGUGAGUUUAGAAAGAGACCAACUUGUUGAACAGCUUUGCUCUUUGCAAGAUAGGCUUGACAUGGCAUGUUCUUUAGCAGAUGAGAAUGAAGCUAUAGCUGCGGAAGCCCGCCAGGAGUCGGAGGUGUGUAAAAUUUAUGCUGAGCAAAAGGAAGAGGAGGUCAAGAUUUUAGAAAAUUCUGUAGCGGAGCUUGAUAGCACCAUAACUGUACUGGAGAAGAAGGUGCAAGAAAUGGGCGAGGAAAUUGAAAAACAUCGCGUGAUCAGAGAUUCGUUAGAAUCGGAACUUCAAGGACUGAGAGAGAGAUUAUUAGCUGUUGAGGACCUGACUGAAACUAUGAAUUCCGAUAACUCAAGCACAACUCUAUCUGAGGAUCUACUUUCAAGGAAACUGCAUAGCAGAUCCCUGGAACUUGCAGAGGCUCUUAGAAGAAUAAGAGUCCUUGAAGCGGAAAAAGUGGGGCAAUCAAAGGAGAUUGAGCGAAUGAAAGAGUACAUCUCUGAACUUGUACUGCAUUCCGAAGCACAAGCAUCACAAUAUCAGCAGAAGUACAAAAACCUGGAAACAAUGGUUCGCGAAGUUAAAACAGAUGUAUCAAGUGUGACAUCUGAGGCAGCAGCCUCAUAUAAAGAAGAUAAAAGUUCAACAAGGACAAGGCGUUCUAGUUCUCCAUUCAGAUGCAUUGCUAGUCUAGUUCAGCAGAUGAAUGCGGAGAAAGAUCAAGAAAUGUUGGCUGCGAGGCUUCGUACAAAAGAGCUAGAGGCGUUGGCAGCUAGUAGGCACAAAGAGGUGUGUAUGCUGAACACUAAACUGGCCACCGCAGAAAGCAUGACACACGAUGUCAUUAGGGAUCUACUGAGUGUCAAAUUGGACAUCACAAAUUAUGCUAAUAUGAUCGACCAGAAUCAGCUUCAAAAGCUAGUUGAGGAGGCUCUACAACAAAGACGAGAGUUUAUUACAAUGGAGCAUGAAAUUUGCAAUCUGAGGGGUCAAAUUAACGAUUUGCUCGAGGAAAGAGAGAGAUGCAUUUCUGAAGUAAAUAGAAGCAAAACAGACCUACUCACAACUCAGAUAACUGUAGAACAAUUACAGGAAAGGGAUCAGUUGUUGACUGCACAAAAUAAUAUGCUGAAGAGGGAUAAAACCAAUUUACAAAAAAGUGUUACUGAGCUAGAUGAUAUGGUGAAAAAACUAUUUAAAAUGCAUCAUGCCCAGCCAUGUAAUCAACCACAAACAAAUAGUUCGUCCAUAUCUCACGACUUGGAUCUUGGUGAGAGAUUGGCGCAUUCACAAAAAGUGCUUUCAAGAAUCAAUAAUCAACUUGCUCAAUACCGCAGAUCUGAUAGAACCCAUCCACAUGACAAUUUGGAUAUGCAUGGCAAUGGAACAAAGUUUAGGUGA